AUAGGUACUAAGCAAGAGGGGGAGUAAAUGCUAUAUUAAGAUAGGGUAUUUAACAAAGUAAAUCAGUGAGUGGGAGUUGAAACAGUAUGUUGUAGCAUGGAGUGUUCCCAUUCAGGAUUCAGGCCUCUUCAUUCUAUUCUCUUCCUUUUGAAUAGUCAGCAUUCCAGCAGACCAAACACCCUCAGGCCACAUUAGGAUGUUUGGGGGUUUCUUCCAACUUCAAGUCCCAAAGGUAUUUUUUCUGUUUCUGCAGACCUCAAGGUUUUCUCAAGCUUCCCUUUCAUGCAGCCAGAGCAUGGAAUUAGAAGGAAUAAUGGAUUAGAUUAGGUCAUAUAGAGGAAGCACCUGGAAACUGAAGAUUCAGAAGAUGAGUAGGGAAUGGGAAACCAAGAUACUUUCCCAGAGCUUACUUAUCCAUCACUUGUUAAUGGCAACAUCAAAUGAUGACUUGUGUGUGUGAAUGAGCAAUCCGAUUAGAAGUUCUGACUCAUCUCUGAUGCUUCACAGUGAAUCCAUUUGCACAUCCAGCAAUGAAUGACUGAGUCACUGAACUAAUAAAACAUCUUCUUGAAGUAGCAAAUGGGCACAAUCUCUUUAUCUCUGAGUACACCACCCCACACAUUAGUGCCUCUCAAGGCACGUUGUACUACUGCUCCCAUCAUCCUCAGCCAUUAAGGCCCUCAGCCAACAUAUACCAUUUUACACACAUGUUAAGAGGUUUGCCUCAUUUCACACAGUUAUAGUAUUGCAACUUCUUGUUUAUAUGUGCACUUUGCACAUUUUAACUGCAAUUCUUUUCCUCCCAAGUGCAGCGAAAGUGGUUUUGCUCAGCAGUCAAGCUAGUGUAUUAGAGUCAGAGCCUUGAACCAGAAGGACAUCUAGGUUCAGAUCCCCAUUCAACCAUGAAGCUCACUGGAUGGCUUUGGGGCAUUCACUUGACUUAUAACCUACUUUACAAGGAAAAAAAAUUAGUAUGCAGGAAGACAGGUAACCUGAGCAACACAAGGAAAGGCUAGAUAUAAAUGAAAUACCCUGGGGCCUAAAUAUGGGAUCCAGUGCAGUACCUCAGGCUCUGCUCUAUCUUUGUCAUGCAAACUGUAACACUUUCUGUGCCUGUUUUUAUCCAUAUUGCCUCAUAGCAGGCAGGAUGUUUGGGGGCCAAAGGAAGAGGCGGGUUGGAAUCGUGGGCUACGGACAUCUAGGCCAAUAUCUGACGAAACGAGUCCAAGAAGAAGGCUUCCAACAUGGUUUGGAGCUGGCUUUUGUUUGGAACCGGGAUGCCAGCAAGAUGGAAGACACUGUACCAGCAGAGCUGAGGUUGGGGAAGCUGACUGAUUUUUUGGAACGCCAUGCUGAUGUCAUUGUUGAAGUGGCACAUCCCUGCAUUGCCCAAGAUUAUGGGGAAUUCUUUCUUAAAGCUGCAGAUUUUAUGGUGGGAUCACCAACAGCCCUAGCAGAUGUAGACACAGAGCUUAGAUUAUGCAAAGUGGCAAAGAUGGCUGGACACACUCUCUACAUCCCCAGUGGGGCUCUGUGGGGUGGCCAAGACAUUCAAAGGUUGGAUGAUGGAGGGAUGCUCCAGGCAUUAACAGUCACCAUGAUAAAACACCCGGACAGCUUCCGGUUGGGUGGACAUCUUGGGGAGCUUGCAAAAGGAGCCCAGGAGGAACGUGUGGUGCUAUACAACGGCCCUGUGCGGAGACUAUGUCCCCUGGCCCCCAAUAAUGUCAACACUAUGGCAGCAGCUUGUAUUGCUGCCCCGAGUCUGGGCUUUGAUGGUGUGAAAGGCUGUCUGGUGGCAGAUCCUAACCUCCCUGACUACCAUGUGGUGAUGAUUGAAGCAACUGGGCCAGGAGGCUUCUCAGUCAGUACCUGUCGCAAGAACCCAGCUGCUUGUGGGGCUGUCACAGGGUCAGCCACCUUUGCUGCUUUCUGGAGCAGCCUGUUGGCGUGCCAAGGGCAUGGAGGCCGAGUCUACCUGUGCUGAGUCUUAUGACAUCUGUUCCUAAGAGGAUUCACAGAAGAUAUCUGGAGGGUCAUUUCAAUGGGUGGGAAGACCAGGGAAGGUACAAGCACCACAUUAAAGGAAGCAAAACAAGCCCAACCCGUAUAUCUUCUUGGAGGGUUUCAGUCUGUCAGUAGAAGAAAUCAAACUUCUCCAAUCUCAUAAGCCUUUGUCCGUUUCCUCAAAACCAGUGUUUCCCAAUAUGGUAUCUUCCAGGUCUGUUGGGUGUGCAUCUCCCAUCACUCCUGCUCAGCACAGCAGUUGAUUGAGUUCAUUGAUGGGGGCUGUAGUCCAAUACCUGUGGAGAAUAUUAAGUUGGGGAAGGCUGCCCUAAAGAUGGCUUUUGCUUUCCAAGCUGACCAUGGUUUUCAUUCCAUCAUCUGGCUUCCCUCCACCGUCCACAAAAAUAGCUUGCAAACAUAUAUACAUGUAAUGGUUAGUUUCUAGACCAGCGUUUCUCAAUCUUGGCAACUUUAAGAUGUGCGGACUUUAACUCCCAGAAUUCCCAGCCAGCCAUAGGGAUAAAGUGGUUCAAAUGGAACAAUGUUCAGUCGCUCGAGUUCUUGCAAUCCCAUCUCAUUCUUCUCCAUAAAUCUUGCUAUAGAGGCACGGUGACAAUUGUGCUUGGGAAUAUCAUUUUUGCUUUUAGGCAGAUGCUAAAGACUUGUCAGUAUGUUUAUCUGAGAACAGGUUGUACUAUGCUUAUCAGAGGGGUGUCUCAAAGGAGCUGUUCUUGUGAUUCCUGAGCAUUUGAGAACAGAGCAGAGCUAUGAGUCCUGAAGCCCAAGGGCCCCCAUGUGGCCUUCCAAAGCCAUGAGUGCCUCCAAAAGUUAUUACCAAAUUGUCAAUUUUAACAUGACAGGUGGAGGACAUAAUAAAAUUCAUGACUAACAGUAAUCCAAUUAAUUAUAUUUAAAAUUAGUUUACAAUAUAGUUCUAGUAAAGAAAGUUAAUUCAAAUUUAAUUCUUAUCCUGACCCUAUCCACUACUUUUUGAUGUGUCGCUCAGAUGCACCUUUCGAAGGGGCAAAGGCAGCUCUCAGAUUUAAGAAAGGACUUCCUGAAUGAAGAGAUGUGGGAAAUGGCUCUUGUAAGUGGCACUUGUAAGUAGAAAGUUGGCCAGUCUCCUGUUAAAGCUGAACGCAGAAUGCCAGUUAAGACAGAAGCAAAAAUCUGAUCUGCUUUCCCAAAUAUUUAUGAGAUUACACAGCAAGCCUCCUUAAUAUUCUCUUCUCAACUUCUCCUUUAUUUAAAUUGAAAAGAAUCAUUAAUUAUUAAAUUCCAUGAUAUCAUUUGUAUUUAACUUGAAGCUGUCGCUCAAAGAAUUCUUAUAAGGAAGUCUGCCAUUAUGAGCUUCUUUGUUCCACCAGUCCUAGGUGUGACCUGAAAUCUACAGGAGUUAAUUAGUACCCAACUGAAGUAAUUUCACAAUGUUUAGGGCAGUACCUUUAUUAAGACAAACCAAAGGUCCUACUAGGUAAAAUUCUGAGAGCUUUAGAUCUCCUGAACCAAUGAUAAUGAUCAUUAAAUGUUAUUACUCAGAGUAACACUGUUUUAUGAAGAAAUUAAAACACUUUGCUGUCUA